AUGAGCUGGAGAAACAUCAAGGACUACGCCACUACCCCUUGCAGAUCAGAUCUUGGUGAUCUUUUCCGCGACUGCCCUGAGAUACUGGUUAAGGCGGAUACAGCUGCGGAACGCGUCCUUGAAGUCAGCUUUCACAUAUGCCAGUCAGGUGAAAGUACAGAUGACCUGAUUGUUGUAGAUGACUCAAUGGUGAUAGGUCAUGAUGAUGAGCAGAGAGGUGAGUCUGCAGAUAUGCUGACUUCUCCAUCAAUGCUGUCUGCCCGCGAGACGUCCAUGAAUUGA